CUCGCGAGCUGCAGGCCCGACAGCGCGCCACCCGCAUCGGGAUCGGGGCGCGGAAAAAGAAAAAAGCCAAAGGGGAGGAGGGGGGGAUGCUGUUGUCAGUUGAUCUAAUGCCUCAUCCCGUGGAGACAUGAACGCCAGGCGACAUAGGUACAAGAAGGCUCUGCCUGUCGCAGCAUUGCACCCUGACUCUGAUCCUCAAGUCUCGCAGUCCUGCCUAGCCCGUACCCUAAUCUAUUCCUCCCAGACCGCAAUCCCCAUCCACCUUCUACCAUGUCGGAUGUCCUUGACGACGAAACAUUGUGGUUCCCCAAGGGGCAGACCACGAUCAACGAGGCCCCGACCAAGAGCCGGAAGUUGCGAGUGGCCACCGACGGGGAUGAUGGCGAUGAGGAGGACGUGGUCUUCGUCCUAGGCCAGUCGGACAUGGGGGCCCUGAACCGAUACCUCCACGGCGGCCGCGUGCUGCCGCUGGAUCGCACUAGCUAUUGCAACAAAACGGGCAUUGUGGAUACCAGCUUGCUCACCCCCACAAUCUGGACUAAAGUGGAUGAGUUGAUCGAGGCCUACAUACAGGUCCAUGCCGACUGCACAGGUUUUCUGGGCGAUGACGACACCGCGAUCAAGCGAUGGAAGGCGAAUCCGACGGUCUCUGCCACCAGGACCGAGACGGCGCUCCAGCGAUGGAAGGCGGGUCGAAAGGUCAUGGCCGCCGCCGCCGCCGACGACGACGACGCGGACUUCGACAAGCUCUGCACCUGGGAUAAGAUGAACAGCCUGGCCCAGAAGAUCUACAGCUACUCGGAGGAUGCGGGCAGCACCGACGCGGACGAUUCGUACUACGUGGCCAUGCUGACCCUGUGCAAGGACUACAACGAUAGCAAUGACCCCGCCGAACAGGAGAGUAUCCGCCAGGACAUCCUCGAUCUCACCGACGACCUCCUCGGGGAUGUGAACAAGAUUCUUUCCCGCAUUGGCAAGGUGAAAGAGGCCUUGAAGCUCUUCGAGGCCAGCUGUCAGACCAAUCAGAGCACCUUGGAGGGUCUGGAAAAGUCCAUGACCACCAUCCUGGACCAGGAGCUGGGCAGUAUCCAGGAUCUGGAGAAAGAGAUCAAAAAGCAACAAGACGCUAUCAUUAGCUACCAGGCCAUCGUCGAUCAUGAUCGGUACGAGCAAGAGAUGACCGCCGCCUAUGUCUGGAUCCCCAUCGCGGGCACCAUUGCCGGGCCCAUAGUCUUCGCUCAGAUGCAGGCCGAGAUUGAUGAGUACGAGGGCAAGAUCGAUGCGAUGAACAAGCUCAUCAAGGACGAAGAGGCCAGCAAGCAACUACACAAGACCCUCCAGGCCAACGUCACCUCCAUGAAGAGUCAUGCCACGGAUCUCAGCGAUCUGAUCGGCCCCGCCAUGCACACCAUCGAGGCCCUGGAAGGCGGCUGGAACGUCAUGGGCUCUCAGGUCCAGUUCAUCCACGACAAGGCUGAGAAGUUCGAGGAAAAGAUCCCCCGGUUGGUCAUGACGAAGCUCCAGCUCAAGAGCAUCUCGGAUGAAUGGCACAAGCUGAACAAAUACGUCAUGUCCUAUAUCCAGAACGCCCAGCUGGUGGUCCCAAUCCAAGUCCUGAGCCUUGAGGAUUAUCUGCAACAGUUGAAGGAUGCUGCCAAUAAGUCCUCGUGAAAUUCUACAGCGGGGCAGUCGCUGGAGCACCUCCGAUGGAGUGGUUUGCUUUGACGUACCUCAAGCCGAAGGGUUUUACGCACCCAAGCGGUGGAUCUAGUCUAACUCCCACAUAUCACUUGAUGGAUGAUACAGAGCAUGGCACUCUUGAAUUUUAUAUCACAAACGGAUUCGUGUUAAGCCGGAUUGAUCAGUACGUAUCAUAUGAUUGAUGAUCCGAGACUAUAGAAACAAAAGUCGCCAACAAAGCCAUCAACCAGCUGGCAGCGAAGUCCAAACAACGUCUAUAAUAGGUAUAGGAGAAAUUUUGUCUAUAAAUACUUCAGAUAAACUAUUUUUUUUUUAAAAAAAAUCUCUUAGUCUACUUUUAAGUCCUUAUUCUUGCUAAUAUAUUGAAUAUUAC